GCUGUUUGUGUUGCUGAGUGAGAGCAGAGCCACUUGAGUGGAUGCAGUGCUGGAGGAGAGGUGCACAGAGUGAGCAAGGAUCUCUGGCCAAGCUGGCUUGAACGUCCCAGAGGCUUCUCUGCAAUCUGGAAGGGAAACUGCUCAACUGUGAGAAGGAUCUUGCUCCUCCCCCUGGGCUCUGCAGCUGAAACUGGGGAUUUUUGUCCCUCCUGGAGCAGAGAAGGCGCUCACUCCAGACGAGCCAGGCAAAGGUUUAUCUGCCCUUGGCUGCAGGGUUUGGGGGGGCCAGGAGCUGCUGGCAUGAGUGUCCCCCAGGGCUGGCCCCAGCAGCUUGUGUCUGCAGCUCUGCACUUGCAGGCAGCCCCCCGAGGCAACCCUGAGUGGUGCACAUCCUGACAAAGCCUCCUGGCAACCCUUUCUGCAGGGCUGGAUGACAGCGGGAGCUGCCAGGUAAAUCCAUGAGCCCGUGAGGAGGCGAGGCCAGGACACACCAUGGGUCAGAAGGUCACGGGUGGCAUAAAGACUGUGGACAUGAGGGACCCUGUGUACAGGCCACUGAAACAGGAGCUCCAAGGACUGGACUACAGCAAGCCCACCCGGCUGGACCUGCUGCUGGACAUGCCCCCGGUGUCCUACGAGGUGCAGCUGCUGCACUCGUGGAACAACGACGACCGCUCGCUCAACGUCUUCGUCAAGGAGGACGACAAGCUGAUGUUCCACCGGCACCCGGUGGCGCAGAGCACCGACGCCAUCCGGGGCAAGGUGGGCUACACGCGGGGGCUGCACGUGUGGCAGAUCACCUGGGCCAUGCGCCAGCGCGGCACGCACGCCGUGGUGGGGGUGGCCACGGCCGAGGCCCCCCUGCACUCCGUGGGGUACACCACCCUGGUGGGCAACAACCACGAGUCCUGGGGCUGGGACCUGGGGCGCAACAGACUCUACCACGACGGCAAGAACCAGCCCAGCAAAACCUACCCCGCCUUCCUGGAGCCCGACGAGACGUUCGUCGUGCCCGACUCCUUCCUGGUGGUGCUGGACAUGGACGACGGCACGCUGAGCUUCAUCGUGGACGGGCAGUACAUGGGGGUGGCCUUCCGAGGGCUCAAGGGGAAGAAGCUCUACCCGGUGGUGAGCGCCGUGUGGGGCCACUGCGAGAUCCGCAUGUGCUACCUGAACGGACUGGACCCUGAACCACUGCCUCUGAUGGACCUGUGCCGGCGAGCCGUGCGGCUUGCCCUGGGCAAGGACAGACUGGCUGAGAUCCCCAGCCUGCCCCUGCCAGCCUCCCUCAAGAGUUACCUGCUCUACCAGUGACCCCCGUGCCGCAGGACGGAGGUGGAAGCGAGGCGUGGAUGAGCUGCCCGCGGAGCCCUGGGCUCUCCUGCUGCUGGAGCUGCCUGGCCAGAGGAUUCCUGCCCUGCUGCAGCUCCCGUGCCUCCCUGGGGCAGCCCUGGCUUCACAGCUGAGUGCUUUGUUCCUCGGGAGUCCCUCACAAAAGGAACAUUGACAGAGGCUCUGUGCUCCCCUCUCCUCCUGAGAAGAGGCUGUGCUGCCUCGGGGAAUGGUUCUUCUGUAGCAGCUAAAGGGAAGGAUGGUGGUGAAAGAAGAAUAAUACAAGAAUUAAAACAAUUUGGGGGAAGAGGAGGCGUUAGGAGUGGAAGUGUUAAGACCAGGUCCUGAGAGUGGAAAGGCUCAGGACGGCCAGCGGAGUUGGAGAGAGUCUGGAAUGCCAUAAAGAAUUAAUUGAUGAGUUUUUAAAAGCCAAAAAAAAAAAAAAGUACAACCCCAAGCCCUGAAACAGCAAAACCAAGAGCCCUUCCUCCACCAGGACACUUCUUACUUUGGAGCAGGUGGUCAUGCUGCUGCUGUGUGUAUCUGUGCUGGGCCCUCUCCCCUUGCUGUGUUGCUGUUUCACAGGGUUCCUGUUGACCAGCAGUGCUCAUCCUGCUCCCUGCUCUGCUCUGCCUCCUCCCCGUGGCUUUGGCAGCUGAUUUUGAGUCGGGCUGUGUCUUCACACUCCUCCAUCCUGACUGAAAGCUGCAGCUUUUGCUCUGGGCUCCCUGGCUGCUGUGGGCCAGGGCAGGACAGACCUGAGCCCCAGCGUGGCACCGUGUGUGUGAGCUGGCACACAGCUGGCACACAGCUGCAGGUCCUGUCCCCUGGGGCUUCACAGCAACGCUCAGGUUCUCUAAUGGCACUGCCAGGGAGUUCUCCUCUUGAUAAGCUGCUUAAAUUCAUGCAAGCCAGGCUCUGCUCUGUCCCAGACCUACCUAAUCCCCGCCUAACUGCAGCAGGAGAGGCUCUGCCCUGCGGGGUGGGGCUGUGCCACAGGAGGGGUCACAGGUGAGGAGCAGCCCCAGGGGUCACACAGGCCAGGGGUGACCUUCAGGCACAGCAGGGACAAACUGAACCUCUGCAGGGAGCAGGAGAGUGCUGCAAUAAACAGGACAAGCAAUUCAGGCAAAAUCAGCACAUCCCAAAUAGAUCCUCAGUAGCCAGGUGGAGAGGAUGGCACUCCUUUAUCAGCAGGAGCUGCUCUCUUGACCUCUCCACAGGUUACUAUGCUGCCUUUCUGGGGUUAUUUUGCACAUUUCUUUGUGGUUUUUUUUCUUGAAAAAUGUUUGUGUGAUUGUUUUGGUUUUGCUUUUGAGUUAUCCCUUCAGUUUUGUGUAGGUACAAAUGAGUUUAGUUGUUGAAAAUGUUAAUAUAUAUAUGUGGGGUGUAUGUACAAGAACAUGUUUUAAACAGCUGCUGUAGGGUACCUUUUUGAAAAUAAACUACUUGCAUAGUAUAUUUUUUAAAGCACAGAGUUGGUGCCAAGACUGGGUGGGGUGUGAUGUGCCCCUUUUUUAUUCUAAUAUUAUAUGAGUUUUUUUCAAUGUAGGGGUUUGUACUAGUUUCUGUUGCAGGGUGGGACACAAAAUUCAGUGUGUGUGGGGCCCUGCUUGGUUGCCUUCAACUUGAACCAGUGUCUUCCAGAACUCCAGGGAAGUAGCUGUGUUCUCCCUCCUUCUGAUGCUCUUUGUGCUCCCUCAUUUCCAUCUCUCCUCACUUCACCAGGACAUGACUCUGUACAGUUCAAAAUCCUUUCUAUUUUAUGACUGUAGAUAGAACUCAGUAACCUAAUAAACUUUAUUAAAUAUUA